AUGCAGGUCCGCUACGCCUUCGACGACUCCAAGCUCCUGGAGAAGAGCUCGCGCUCGCGCGGCCAGUACCUCCGCGUCCACUUCAAGAACACGCGCGAGACUGCCGCCGCCGUCUCGGGCAUGAACCUGCAGGCCGCCUACGUUUACCUCGACAAGGUCGUCGAGCACCAGGACGUCAUCCCCUUCCGCCGCUUCAACGGAGGUGUCGGCCGCACCCCCCAGGCCAACAAGUUUGGCACCACCCAGGGACGAUGGCCCGUCAAGUCGAUCAAGUUCCUGCGAUCGCUGCUCAAGAACGCCGAGGCCAACGCUGAGGCCAAGGGGCUCGACACGCAGGAGGUGAUUAUCAAGACGAUUGGCGUGCAGCAGGCGCCCAAGACGCGCCGCAGGACGUACCGCGCCCACGGCCGCAUCAACGCCUACAACGGCCACCCGGUGCACGUCGAGGUGCACCUGGUCGAGCCGGCGGCCCAGGUGGCCAAGGCCUCGAGCGACAACAACGUCGUGCGCCUCAACAAGCGCGUGCUGGCUGCCAGGAGGAUCGCCAACGCCCGCACCGCCAAGGCCACCAAGGCAUAA